AUAGGCCUCACACCAGUGCAUUUCUUCUCCCAUGGCUCAACUAUGAUGCUGGGGGAGGAGUCGGAAAGUGCUGAUUAUUGGAAGAAAUGCGGAGAUGAAGCCCUAGCCCGAAACAUCAAGGGAGUCAUUAUCAUGGGUGCGCACUGGGAUUGUAUGGGUGACAGAAUCGAAUUAGCGACAAAUCCGAAGCCCAAUAAAAGUCCUGUGGCUUAUGUCAACCCCGAUAAGUAUGUCAACUAUGAGCUCAACCCUGACCUCGAGACCGCCAACCGAUGUAUCGACAUGCUGGCCAAGGAGGGAUUCAAUGUCGGCGGUAAUUCGACUUUCGAUUGGAUUCACGAUGUAUAUCUGAUUCUCAUCCGAAUGUUUCCCGGAGGAUGUCCCCCCACGACCCUAAUUUCUGCCAAUGCCCGCUACGAUCCUCAUUUUCACAUGAAAAUCGGUGCUACACUUCGUCCGCUACGUCGAGAGAACUAUUUGUUUAUUGGGACGGGCGGUGCCGUCCACAACCUCUACCGCAACCGAUGGGCCCCGAUGCUGAGAUUCCGUGACAACUUUGCCAUGGAGACUCCACCGGAAGACUGGGCAAUGGAGUUCCGGCAAUCUGUGGAAGAUGUUAUCACCAAGACCUCCGGUCCCCAGCUGCGCCGAGCCAUGACCCGACUGAUGAAGCACCCGCGAUUCCGAGACGCGCAUGCCACCGACGAUCACUUCAUGGCGGCCUUGUUUGUUGCGGGUGCAGCCGGCGAUGCUGAGGAUGAGCACACGCCGGCUGUCCUAGGUGCUGAAAGUUGGGAAUUGACCAACAUGUGUAAUUCGCAGUUCACAUUGGGCCAGUGGCCAAAAGAGAUUGCUGCGUGA